GGGAGUUGUGAACAGAUUAACACUGCCAACACUUUCAACGGUGGAUUUAUUAAACUGUGUUUUUGUCAAAUCAAUAUAUAACUCCUUAUAACCAGGAGCUAUGAUGGCAAAGCGAACGGGACGAAGGAAUAGCCAGCUGCCAGAAUGUUACCAUGAGGGUUACCUGGAGAAGAAGCCGUUCAAAGAGAAGACACCCCAGAAACUGUGGGCCUGCCUGUGUGGAAGCACACUUUUUUUCUUCAACAAUAAGAGAGACGGUGAUUACACAGAGAAACUGGAUCUCAGGGGCUUUAUCUCAGUCACAAACGACACCAGUCCAGACUGUAACUUAGAUGGGGCCAAGUUCACCCUCCAGAUGGAAGAAUCCAAUGUCAAAUUAAUUGCUCCGAGUGUGGAAAGCCGUGAGCUUUGGAAAGGCUUCAUUCAAUCUGUGGCCGAGCUGUCCGUGCCGUCCUCCCUCAACCUGAUGCCGGGUCAGAUCCACAUGCUGACCGUGGCGGUCGACAAAGAGAAGGAAAGGAUAACACAGGUCUCUUCAACCACCGACACUGACGGCAGUCAUUACCUCAGCCUCGACUCGGAGAUGCCCACUUGUUACUACCCCAUAUCCCGCAUGGAAGCACAGUUUCUGCUUGAGAGAGAAGCCAAAAGAGGAAACAUGCUGCUGAGACCGGGAAGAGAUGGAACUUCUUUUGCUGUUACCACAAGACAGAAAAUUGAUAGAACUAUAUUCAGACACUAUCGUGUGGCUCGUAAUCAUGAGGGCGGCUUCAACAUUGCUGUGGAAAACCCUGUCUUCUGCGAAACGCUGCACGACGUGGUCACCUACCUGGUAGACAAAACUGAUGGAAUUUUGAUUCCCCUCAUCAUCGAGGGCUACUACGAGGAGAAGAUCAGGUUCGUGUCAUCUGAUAAUGAAAGUGGAGAGAAGAUAGAGCAGACUUUAGCAGACCCACUUCCACCAAGUUUGCCUUUCAAACCAGGUUCCUUUGCAAAUCCUGAACCGGCUACAGAGGAAAAAUUGGAGAAGAAAGAUAACGAGACAGGGGAAUUACGUGUUGUUCCACCGCCAAUACCAGAAAGGAAACCCAUGAAGAAAAUGACACCUCCAACUCCCCUUCCCCGCAAAGGAAUCCCUUUAACAUCUGCCUCCUCCUCCUCCUCCACUUCUACCACCAACAGAGAUCCCGGAGCGCCUUUCAACGUAGACAUCCAAAAACAGAUUCCUCUGGGGAUGAUGUCAGAACUCAAACUCCGGCUGGCGCAGAAGGCCAAGGAGUGACAUGGCCACUGAAAGCCAUCCAUCUGUGAUGAAACCUGUACGGCAGCUGAUGGACAGCAGGACGUCUCCAUCACGACUCUGCUGCCCCUCCUCCUUCCUCAACUGUCUGCUGUUAAGUCUCUCUGAAGAUUGACAUUUUAUUGAUUUGGCCCUCUUGGACAUUCAUUAGUGAAUUAAGUGACUGUAAAGAUGGGUGCACAUGCCACAUUAUCUUCAGGUUUUUCUUGUACAUUUUGCACAUUUGCACAUCGACAGCACCACACUUUAUCAGAUUGUGCCAGACGUUCUGUAUCAGUGUUGAUUUCCUCACCUCAAUCUUGAAUCAUCUUUUUAUUUUUGCACAGAUAAACUUGUACUGCCUAAUAGGCACGUGAUAUUCAUGUUUAUACUACACAAUGUACUGCUGAAGUAUUUACAUGAAGAGAGUUCUUAUACUUUUGUUCUGUAGCCUCCUGUGCGUGAAUGUACUGUAAAUAGUUUUUAAGUGAAGUGAAACUCUUGCAUCUGUUGCAUCCAAUCAGAUGUGACCAAGCAAUUUCUAGUAUGCGCCGUGCAGCAGACUUAAAAUAAUAACAAAUGAACCGGUGAUAAAGUUGUUUUUUUUAAAAAGAGAAA